AUGGCGGCUAGGGACCGCUUCGGUGCCUAUGCUGAGCCGGGGCAAUCACCGCUCCAGCGGGCAAUUCGCAAUGCAUGCGACCCACAAAACUACGAGCCCAAUCUGGCCCUGAACCUCGAAGUCGCUGAUCUGGUCAACUCCAAGAAGGGCAAUGCUCCUCGUGAAUCGGCUGUCGAGAUCGUACAUCUGAUCAAUUCGCGGAAUCAGAAUGUCGCGUUGUUGGCGCUAUCGCUCCUCGACAUCUGCGUAAAGAACUGUGGCUAUAAAUUCCACCUACAGAUUAGUACAAAGGAUUUUCUCAAUGAAUUGGUUCGAAGGUUUCCGGAGCGGCCACCUAUGCGCCCCUCGAGGGUCCAGCAUCGCAUUUUGGAGUCGAUCGAGGAGUGGCGUCAGACCAUCUGCCAAACAUCACGAUAUAAGGAGGAUUUGGGAUUCAUUCGGGAUAUGCAUCGGCUCUUGCUCUACAAGGGCUAUGCGUUCCCUGAGGUUCGUCGCGAAGAUGCGGCUGUGUUAAAUCCAAGUGACAAUCUUCGUUCUGCCGAAGAAAUGGAAGAAGAAGAAAAGGAGGCUCAAUCCGCUAAGCUUCAAGAGCUUAUUCGGAGAGGUUCACCUGCAGAUUUGCAAGAAGCCAAUCGCCUAAUGAAGGUCAUGGCAGGAUAUGAUAACCGGCACAAGACUGAUUAUCGGGCAAAGGCCGCCGAGGAGGUUUCUAAAGUACAACAGAAAGCCAAGAUUCUCGAGGAGAUGCUGCAGAACCAACAGUCUGAACAGGGUAUUCCCGAGGGUGAUGUGUUUGAAGAACUGGUCAAUGCCCUACAAAGUGCCCAUCCCAAAAUCCAGAGAAUGUGUGAGGAGGAAUCAGAUGACCCCGAAGCUGUUCACAAGCUAUUGGAAAUUAAUGACAGCAUACACCGCACGAUCGAGAGGUACAAGUUGGUCAAGAAGGGAGACAUGGAUGCCGCUGCCAAGAUUCCAAAGGGAACUCUGGGUACAACAACCGGCGUUUCUAAGAACGCUAAUAACGAAUUGUCUUUGAUUGAUUUUGAUCCAGAGCCAGCAUCUAAUGGAAAUGGCGAGGCUUCUUCUCAAGCUACCCAGGGCGGGAGUGCCUUAGAGAAUGAUCUAUUAGGUCUUUCUCUCGGCGAUGAAGGCCCUGUAACUGGUGGUGGGAUUUCUCUUGGUGGCGCCGCCAGUAAGUCUCCUUUAGUUUCGAAUUGGAAGAGACAAUUGACGACUAACCAUCCAAAUGCAGUGGGCUUCCCUCCGAUGUCCUCCGGCCCAACUCCGCCUCCCCAGCAACCACAAGCAGCACCAAAGACAAGCUACGACAUCCUUUCAGCGAUCAACUCUUCUCGACCUGUAUCACAGUCCUCCACCCCGGUUCCGGGACACUCGCCCCAGGUUCGCUCGACUGCGACGCCGCCGCAGCCGGCUGAUCCUUUUGCCUCGUUGGUAUCUGCUAGCCCUCGACCCACAGGCGGUGCUUUCCAAGUCCCUGCUGCUCAAAGCCAAGCUGCACCAGCUUCAUCAUCUUUACUUGACUUAAUGGGAGACCCAAGUCUACCAGCACAGCCCGCGGGACAGGCUGCUGCCAAUGAAGAUGAUGAGUGGAACUUCGCAUCCUCUCUCCCCCAAAGCAGCACGCUUCCUGCAACAAACCAGGUUCAGGUUCUGAGCUCACCGCUUCGCGUCGAAUUUCAGAUUCGCCGUGUGCCAAAUGCGCCGCGUCAGAUCUAUAUUAGGGCUGUUUUCUCUAACGUGACCAGCCAGCCAGUCGGGGAGCUUCAUUUCCAGGUUGCCGUGGAGAAGUCCUAUACGCUUCAACUCCGCCCGCAGUCCGGCCGAGAAAUCGCACCUCUCCAGGAGAACGGUGUCCAGCAGGACAUGCUCUUGGAUGGAAUUGACUCGGGCAAAGGCAACUCGGUGAAAAUUCGGUUCAAGAUCUCGUACAAGCUUGGAUCCGAGGCUCGUGAGGAACAGGGUAUGGUGCCAUCUUUGGGCGUCUACUAG